AUGGUAUUACUCAGUCCCUUUGUAUAUUGGGCGCAAACGUCGAAAAUUAUUUCGUUAAAAAUUGAUUUGCGAAACGCUGAAAAACCAAACAUCGAUGUUAUAGAAAAUAACAUAAAAUUCUCGGCACAAGGUUUUGGUGCUCAUGGAUUUUCCAAUUAUGUAUUCAAUUUGGAUUUAUUUGCUUCGAUCAAAUUAAGCAAGGAUGAACAGAAAACAACAAUCAAGGUAUAUGAAAAUCGUAUUGAAGUGGUUUUAGAAAAAAAUGAGGCAGCUUGGUGGCCAAGAUUAACAGCACAACCACAAAAGCCUGCCUGGCUUAAGAUUAAUUUUGACCAAUGGAAAACCGAGGAUGAUGGAGGAAGUGAAGAAGACACUCGUGAUGUUACAAAGGAUUAUCCGGGGAUGUAUGACAAACUGCAUAAAGAAGAGUUUGGAUAUAGGAAAGAAGAGGUGAAAAAGGUAUACCUCAUAUUAUACAACCUGUUUCAAUUUAUCGGCUUCACAUACGUACUAUGCGUAAUGAUGGUGCGAUUCUUUAAACUGGACUAUGCAUCCAUAGAGGGCACUUACGAGCAUGUAGGGGGAGCUAUGAAGUUCCUUCAAUUAAUGAUGUUCCUCGAAGUUAUGCACCCGUUAUUUCGAUAUACUAAGGGAAGCCCUCUUGUAGCAUUCUUACAAGUGGGUGGUCGGGCGUUCGUAUUAUUUGCAAUGAUAGACGCGGAACCACGGAUGCAGACGAAACCUGUAGUGUUUUACCUAUUUUGUAUUUGGACCCUGAUUGAGGUUGUCAGAUAUCCCUUUUACAUAGCACAACUUUAUAGAAAAGAGAUUUAUCUCCUAACCUGGUUACGUUAUACCUUGUGGAUUCCACUCUAUCCCUUGGGAAUCCUCUGUGAGGCAAUCGUCAUACUCAGAAAUAUCCCCUACUUUGAAGAAAGUGGUAAGUUCACUAUCUCCCUGCCCAAUGAGUGGAACUUUGCUUUCCAUUUGCCUAACUUUCUCAGGGUAUACCUUCUGAUACUAGCCUUUCCUGGUAUGUUCUUUGUUAUGAAACAUAUGCAUAAACUACGUACAGUCAAGCUUAAACCAAAAAUCAUAAUUAAAAAAUGUAAGUAA